AUGCCUAACACAAGUGAACAGUCGCAUUUUGGUGGCUCUCUGGGCCAGCGUGGUCCUGAAUGGAGUGAAGGCCAGAACGACAGGGCUGCAAGUCGCUGUCACUACUGCGGUAACAUUGCAGGGUGUAGAAAUUCUUCUGCACUGUGUGGGGAGGACGGAGAAGUUUGGUUUCACGGUCACCUAGAUCUUGGGGAAAAACGGGAUCCAGUCCUCCACUCCUCUCUGUACAGACAGAUCCAGCAGGACCAGCAUGGGCAGCUACCACUGAAGAAAACUUCUGUACCUGACCUAAGCAGCAGUCUCUACCUCAAGGAGCUAAUGGCAGGCCGGGCCUCAGCACCACCUCAGGAUUAUUACCUCACUGACGCCACCUUAUCUGGUCAUCCACCUAAGGAGUCUGGGUUUUACAGGGAUAACCAGCACUUGCUCACCAGAUCAGCCUUGCAUUAUGGGCCCAGCGUUGGGGGGGUUAGGUCUUCCUGGGAUCAAGGACAAGCAAGAGCCACACCCUCUCUACUGGCCUCUGCUUCUACACCUACACCCGCGCCUCUUCCUCCUCCCCCUCCUCCCCCGCCUCCUCCGCCACCGCCUCCCCCUCCGCUUCAUGAGCUGAGCCGUUUGUACAGGGAAACUCUGGGAUCUAAGAUGAUCCCAGACGUCCAGCGUAUUGGUGGCAGCUCUCCCGCUACUGCGAUCUUCGGGGCUCAGCCCCCGCUUCCUGUUUACGCUGCUGAACCGCUGUCUGCUCGUCAAACUUACAACAGUAUCAACAGCUUGCACCUGGAUCCCCUUCAGCCAGCUGCCACCAGUUUGUUGGUGGACCCAGCUUCUCAGGGAAUGGACGCAGCUUUCCCCAGGGCUUACGGAGCUGUAGCCUCCCAGAGGCUGCCUUAUGAUCCAAACUAUGACCCCAGCUCAGCCAUGGUGGCUGCCACAGCUGGAAUGGUCUCCACCUUGCCUCCUCACCAACCCAGUGCUGCAGACCCCAAGAAGAUGGUGGACCCUGCUUUCUUGGCUUUCCUAAGAGGGGAAGGCUUGGCUGAAAGCACAAUUACUCUUCUGCUGCAACAUGGCUUUGAUUCCCUUUCCACACUGGGGAUGAUGGAGGACCAUGAUGUUAGGUCUGUGGCCCCUAAUUUGGCCCAGGCCCGUGUUCUGUCACGAGUGGUGCUCAGUUGCAAGACAGGUGGGACAGCAACACGUGUGCGAUCUAAUAGCUUCAGCCACCGCAAUGACCUCUACGUGCAGCCCCAGGGUUUGACUAUGGACCCCAACCUGAUGCAGCAACCUCCCACCACUGUCCAGACAGUUUCCCCUAGAAUGGGAGAAUUUCUGGGUAGAAGACCAAGCAGUGCACCCUCCCAACAUCUCCUGGAAACCACCACCUACCCAGGAGCACGGCCGCUAGCACCUGGAGCUUUUCCAGUCAGCCCUGGAGGAUAUAGCAGUGCUGUGACUCAGGGAAGACCCUUCUCCAUGUAUAAUGCCCACACCGGUCUUGCCAUGUCUGCUCUCGGAAACCAGCCUCCACCUGCUCCAGGCACCCCUGGAGCUGCACCUAAAACCUUCUCUGGCUCCUAUUCCCCGAUGGAACUGAUGAAGAGAGCCCCCAACUUUCCCCCAGCAUCACCUGUAGGAGCAGCAAGCCCCCUUCACAGCCCACAACUUCUCCGCAAGGGGAUCAAUGCUGCUCCUGAGAGUACCAUAGUUCCCGUCAGCUCUGCCACCACUCUUCAAGCGCAAAACCUUAACAACAACAAGAUGGUGGGACGCCGCACCGGUCCGCCUGUCAUAGUCUCAACCAUGGUCACUACGCCCGAUACAAGUAUUCGGCCUCAAAUCAUGAACGGGCCCAUGCAUCCCCGCCCGUUGGUGGCCCUGCUGGACGGGCGUGAUUGCACCGUGGAGAUGCCCAUCCUUAAAGACUUAGCAACCGUUGCCUUCUGUGAUGCUCAGUCCACGCAGGAGAUCCACGAGAAGGUGCUUAAUGAGGCAGUGGGCGCCAUGAUGUACCACACCAUCACCCUGACCAGAGAGGACCUGGAAAAGUUCAAAGCUCUACGCAUCAUCAUCCGCAUCGGCAGCGGCUACGACAACAUUGACAUAAAGGCUGCUGGAGAGCUGGGCAUCGCUGUGUGCAACAUUCCCUCGGCAGCUGUGGAGGAGACGGCAGACUCGACCUUGUGCCACAUCCUCAACCUUUACCGGCGGAACACCUGGCUCUACCAGGCUCUGCGGGAGGGCACGCGAGUCCAGAGUGUGGAGCAAAUCCGGGAGGUGGCGUCCGGUGCCGCCCGCAUACGUGGCGAAACCCUGGGUCUCAUCGGAUUUGGUCGUUCGGGCCAGGCGGUUGCAGUGCGAGCCAAGGUUUUCGGCUUCAACGUCAUUUUCUACGACCCCUACCUGCAGGACGGCCUGGAGCGCUCGCUGGGCGUCCAGCGCGUCUACACCCUGCAGGACCUGCUCUACCAGAGCGACUGCGUCUCCCUGCACUGCAACCUGAACGAACACAACCAUCACCUCAUCAACGACUUCACCAUCAAACAGAUGCGUCAGGGUGCAUUCUUGGUCAAUACUGCACGGGGAGGUCUGGUGGAUGAGAAAGCUCUGGCCCAGGCGUUGAAGGAGGGAAGGAUACGCGGAGCUGCCUUAGACGUCCAUGAGACCGAGCCCUUCAGUUUUGCUCAGGGCCCACUGAAAGACGCUCCAAACCUGAUCUGCACGCCACACACAGCCUGGUACAGCGAGCAGGCCUCACUGGAAAUGAGGGAGGCCGCAGCUACCGAGAUCCGACGAGCCAUUACCGGCCGUAUCCCUGACAGCCUACGAAACUGCGUCAACAAGGAGUUCUUUGUCACCACGGCACCGUGGGCGGUCAUGGAUCAGCCAGGCGUUCACCCUGAGCAUAACGGCGCUGCCUACAGAUACCCGCCAGGUGUGGUUGGAGUGGCUCCGGGCGGCAUCCCAGGGGCUUUAGAGGGCAUGGUGCCUGGUGGGGUGCCCAUCGCCCACACCCUGCCCUCUGGUACACACCCCUCCCAGGCCCCAUCGCCCAACCAGCCCUCUAAACACGGCGACACUCGAGAGCAUCUCACCGAGCAAUAGCAGCAGAAAGGAUACAGACGGCAGCAUCUCAACCGGCCUGUUGACACUCAGAAACAACAAAUCACAAAGCAACUGACCAACUGGGACCAAGAGACAGUGAAACGACACAAGCGGCUGCCUGCUAAAAAUCCAGCCAGCAACUGGGAACAAAAGAAGUGUUCCGGGAAAUUUGUACUUUUAACCUUUUAGUUUUUACUCUGUCUCUUUGGGUUCAGUUACCGACUUUACUCUUUGAUGAUGAUGUAUUUUUGUCUUUCUUUGGGACAUGCCUAUGAUUGUGGACACAGAGUCCAGUGUUUUUAGUGCUCCGGGAUUACCCGAUGAGACUCUGUUCAGCCGCCCCCACCGUACCACCCACCUCAGAGCUCAUGGGAAAUGUAGGCCCACUUCUCAACAUACCAACUGAACAAGAGAAAAAAAAAAGAAAAAAAAAGAAAAACCUUUGGCAUCAUAUGUUACUGGACCGUAUGACCCCUGACAGCGCUCCUAAUCUUCCCCGCCUCUUCUUCACCCAGCUCCAAUCCUCAUUAUGUAACAAGUGUGUGUUAUUUAGGCCCCCAAUUACGCCUCAGAAGAGAAUUAUUAUUAUUAUUAAUAUUGUUUUUUUCUUUUUAUCAUCAGUGUGAAUGACUAAAAAUGGAUUAUCAGCUUAUAUAUAUUUAUCAAAUUAAAGAAAAAGAUUGUUCAUCAAUUAUAGUAAUCAAAAGUGGGCUUUAACCCUUUCCUGGCAGUGGUACAUUUAACAACUGUCACAGCUGGAGUUACAGGUUUUCACCACUAGAGGGCACUUGUACACAGUGUGAGAAUUUUUGAGUUUUAAGUUGCUCCAAGUUACUACUUUUUGAAGCAGUUGGUGGUUAACACUAAAGCCAUUCAUUAUACACGUAACUGUAGCUGAAGCUUUUGAAAAUGAAAGUUAUUUUGUACUUUUAGUUCCUAAAAGGUCAGCGAUGCAUGCAGUUCUCUACAGAGAAGCGUCUGAUGGCUAACCAAUCGUAAUGGCAGUCCUGUUAGACAUAGUGACCCGGUCCCUUCUGUGAGCACAUUUCCUGAAGACAGGAAAGGGUUAAAUUCAGCAUGGUUUCUUAAUGACUCAGGAAUAACACUUUUUUGCAGAUAUUGUUUCUCCUCCCACCCCCCCCCCCCAAAAAAAAAAAAAAAAAAAAAAAAAAAAUGUCUAUAAAAGGAAAACGGAAAAACAAAGGCUGAUCUGGUUCGUCUGAAUAUUGAAUAUUUCUCUCCAUCAUCCUCUCCAUCGUGGUAUUUUUAUAAAAAGGACACAUUCCCACAUUUUUUUGGUGUUAAAGAGUUUUGAGGAGUCCUGUUAGAUUCGUAUUGCCUAGUUAAAUGUUCCUAUAACCAUAGUCCUAUGUGAUCCACCCUCUCUACCCACUCCUUAAUAUUUCCUUUGUUCUAAUGAAGGCCAGGUUCUUUGGGGCAUCCUGUACUCUGUAAGAGCAAUAGCUGAAACUCCUAUUUAGUGUCCCAACAAUAGCAGAAGAGGCAGCCAGCAGUAUGUUUUUGUUUUUAGUGUGAGUAUUUGUAUUUGUUUCUUGUACAAGGUGAACAUUUAGCAUUCAGUGCAGUUCAAAUAAAAAAAAAAAAAUAAAAAAAAAAGGAAAAAAAAGAGAAAAGAAAGAUACGAUUCUGAGAACCAGCCGUCUGUACUGACUUCUUGAUUUUGAUGUAAAACAAGUUUACUCACUUGUCAUGUACAUGCACUGGCCACUUCAUUAGGUACACCUGUUUGUUAACUCAGCAAAUGUCACAGCAAGAAAAUAAUCGCAUUUAGCCAUGUACAGUCAAGAUUGGCCUUCAAAAGACCAGCAGAAGAAAGGUGAUUUUAGUAAGUAUAUCAGAAACUACUGAUCUACUGGGAAUUUCCCCGUACAGUAGAGAAGAAAGGUGAGUGGCACUUCUGUGGGUGAAAGUGCAUUAAUCGUGCACGAAGCAUGCAGAAGAGCAUCUCUGAAAGCGCAACACAUCGAACCUUGAAGCAGAAGAUCACAUACCGGGUCUGUCUGAUAAGAACAGGAAGCUGAAGAUUUGGCAAAUUGGACAACAGAAGAAGAAGACUGGAAAAUGUUGCCAGGUUUGCAUGUCUUGAUUUCUGCUGCAACAUUUAGAUGAUAACACCAAAUUCUUAGCAUGGAUCCAUCGUUCCUUGCAUCAGUGAUGGAGUGAUGUGAUAUUUUCUUGGUACUCUUUGAUCCUGUUGGUACCAAUUUACCAUUGAGUAAUUCUGCUGACCAUCUCAAUCCCUUUCUGACCACAGUAUACCCAUCUUCUGAUGGCCGCUUCCAGCAGGAUAACGCUUUAUCACAAAGCUCAAGUCUUCUCAGACUUGUUUCUCAAUGUGACAAUCUGCUGUGCUUGUCACCAGAUCUCAUUGCGCACCUUUUCAGAUGUGGUGGGACGGGAGAUUCACAUCAUGGAUUUGCAUCAUGAACAAGCAACUGUGUGACGCUAUUAUGUCAAUAUGAUCAAAAUCUCAGAGCACCGUUUCCAGCACCAUUUUAAUUGUAUGCUAUGAAAAAUGAAGGUCAUUCUGAAGGCAAAAAAAAAGGAGUCCACACGGUAUUAGCAUGGUGUACUUCAUAAAGUGAUCAGCAAGUGUAUAUUUCAUAAUUACGAAAAAAUAAAAUAAAAUAAAAAUCACAAUAUCGGGGCUUUAUCACAAGUGUAAAGCCCCGAUACUUGGUGGUGGGGGGGAUAAAGACAACACUGAAAUAGAAUGAAAUGAAAUCCAGUAUUUGGGGUUACAAGAAAUAACUUCUUAUUGAAUGAAAAACAAAAAAACCCAAAAACAACCCCGCAUGGUUUAGUCCCAGAACAAUUAAUUUAAAGGGGAGGAAAAAAGGUCUGUUCUUAUAAACCUCUUGAUCUAGUAAUUCUCUAAGUUUUAAACAAAAUCCUGCUGAGGGGUAAAAUAACAGACUGUAUAUAAAAGAUGAAUGUAUGGAACAUAAGUGAAAAGUGCCUUAAACCUACAGUUCUUCAUAUUGCCAGCAGGGGGAGACUCUUUGGCUACAAAAAGAACCCUGCAGGUUAAUUAAUAUUAAAAGUCUUAUUCGGAAAUUUAAACUUUAGACAAAAUUAAAUACUAAUUUUAUUAAACUGUUGUUUUGCACAUUGCAAAUUACGGCCCACGUCUGAGUUAAAAAUGAUGAUAAAGCUAAUGUGGGGCCCAUCUUGUCCUGAAUGUGUAUUUUUCUUGGCCAAAUUAGCCUCACUAUCAAGCACCAUGAUGGCCAAGAUGAAAAUAUUUAUUUGAGCCUUUCCAACAUAACUUUACCAACCAAUAAGUGAUGGUACCAAGGCUAAAGCCAUCUUUUAUAUACAGUUUAUGACAUGCUUUUAAAACUAACCGGAGAACUCCAUACUGCAGUGAUCCUGCCUAUAUUUAGAUGGUGUGGGUGCACAAUGUGAACAUUAUUGGCUGUGUCCUUGUGUGCGAUCAAACAUCAUUCCCGAUCCACCGUCACCCAGUGAGUUCAGCUAUAACGGGAAGGAAAAGCAAUUGUGCCUGUGGCGUCACCAAUUCAAACAAAGGAAUGUGACGGGGGGAAUUAAUGAACAAUGCAAGUAAGUAAGUAGGUGCAAGUGAGUCAAAUUUAAUAUUAACGCUGUCCACUGAAAGAGGCAGGGUGUUUGGUUUUCUCUUUCCCCCACCAGCAUCAUCACCACCACCCACUCAAACACAAACUAUGUCACACAUAGAAAUGUCAGUAAGCCUGUAUGUCACCCCCCACCCCCCCUCACAGAAUUUAGGUAUAAUCUGUGCAAAAUAAAAUACUUCAAUACUUCAACUGAAAGAAUCAAAAAAAAAAAAAAAAAAAAAA